CCCACUACACAUAGGUACCAAUGUGUACACAAGCAGUACAUAUGAUUCCGCACAUACGACAUAUACCGACCGGAGUUGCGUGCAGGCGUCAUAUGUAUAUCAAAGGUAGAUUCAGGGCACCUCAUAUAGGCCAAAAGUUGCAACCGAAGCUCCCUCAACCACCUCCGAUACCUUCUCCUUCUCGAUGAGCCGACGGUCUUGAUUAUCGCAACCUUCAGCUGCCGCCUACCUUCAAGAAUUGCUACAUGGAUUUAGGAGAAGCAGGCGAUUCGCCUUGGGGCGACGUCCCAUCGCAGUCGGUCUCGAAGCCAACCACAUUCGAUCAAGAGAACGACGUGCCGAAAAGUCAAGAUGCCGAAACCUCCCAGCAGUCCCAAGCAUCGCUCAAGUCGCCCGCAGGACGCGGCCCGCGAGGCCCGAUACGUCGUCUCGUAGCUCAACCCACGAAGCUUGAGGCAGUCGACGACCCGCUAGGCCCCCUAGGGCCUCUGGGUUCUAGUAGCGGUCUGAGUGCGGACACCCAGCCCGACGAGCCCCCGGCGCCCCCUCAGAAAGAGCAGGUGGUGAUCCGAACAACCAUGCCCCCGCCUGCGCAGAGGAGAUCGGGCCCGGCAGAUCCGCAUCGCAUCGACGACGACGAAUACGAACGGCCCUCAGGCCCGAGAGCGCCCCCUCCUGUCCAGGCCGCGCUACCGAGCCCGAUCAGGGCUACGAGCCAGCCGAGCGUCAGUGUCGAACAAGCCUCGAAGCCUACCUUCUACAUCACCGUCGGUGACCCUCAUAAGGUCGGGGACUUGACGAGUUCCCACAUCGUCUACUCGGUUCGCACCAAGACUACGUCGAAAGGUUACAAGCAACCGGAAUUCGAAGUGAAGCGGAGAUACCGCGACUUCCUCUGGCUUUAUACCACAAUGCAUGGGAACAAUCCCGGUGUCGUGGUGCCCCCACCCCCCGAAAAGCAGGCGCUUAACCGCUUCGAGAGCAACUUUGUCGAGUCGCGCCGAGCCGCUCUCGAGAAGAUGCUGAACAAGAUCGCCGCUCAUUCGACACUACAGCACGAUCCCGACUUGAAAUUGUUCCUCGAGAGCGAGUCCUUCAACGUUGACGUCAAGCACAAAGAGAGGAGAGACCCUAUACCGGUAGAGAGCAAAGGUGUGUGGGGAUCCCUCGGUAUCAAUGUCGGGGGAAGUAGCAAAUUUGUCGAACAAGACGAUUGGUUCCACGACCGACGCGUCUACCUCGACGCUCUAGAAGCCCAACUUAAGGCGUUGAUGAAGUCCAUGGACACAAUGGUCAACCAACGAAAGGCUAUGGCAGAGGCUGCUGGGGAGUUUUCUGCGUCCUUGCAUGCUCUGUCGACGGUGGAGCUGAGCCCCACGCUUUCCGGACCCCUGGACGCCCUGUCAGACUUACAAUUGACCAUACGGGACGUAUAUGACCGACAAGCUCAGCAAGAUGUCCUGACCUUCGGCAUUACGAUCGACGAGUACAUUCGCUUGAUCGGCAGCGUCAAGCAGGCCUUCUCGCAGCGGCAGAAGGCUUUCUAUUCGUGGCAUAGCGCCGAGUCGGAAUUGCAGAAGCGCAAGGCCGUCCAAGACAAGCUACUUCGUCAGGGAAGGUCCCAGCAAGACCGUCUGAACCAGGCCGACGCCGAAGUAACGGACGCCGAGCGUAAGGUACACCAGGCUCGGCUACUGUUCGAGGACAUGGGGAGACUGAUGCGAUCGGAGCUGGACCGCUUCGAGAAAGAAAAGGUCGAGGACUUCAAGUCUUCAGUUGAGACCUUCUUGGAGAGUGCCGUCGAGGCGCAGAAGGAGUUAAUCGAGAAAUGGGAGACCUUUCUCAUGCAACUGGAUGCCGAGGAUGACGAGACCGCCUUCUACCGGCCGCCCGUAUACCAGACUAAUGACAAGGCUACCGGUCGCGGAGACACCGCGGUAGAUCGGGCGAGGGCGACCAUCGACGAAGACUCGGACUAGUAUAGCAGGAGCGGGGAGCGUUUACAGAAAUACAGUCUUAGAUAGGGCUGUGAAAACUCGAUAUCCUUUUCUGUUUUUUUAUCUUGACUUACUAGGAGCAAGAAAUACCGCCAGGUGAAUGUUAGGACUAAGCACAAC